AUGAUUACAGUGUUGUUUUAUUUACAUUUAUUGAUUGAUAUUUAUGCAAAUCAUACUUACAUUCUUAAUGACAGUAAUAAUAAUGAUAAUCACAAUGUAAAGGAACAGCAUGUUAAUCGCACUACUUUCAACAAUCAUCAAAAUGAUACUGAUGAUGACGAUGACUCAUUAUUAUGGUUGCAAUGGAAAAUUUUACAUCAUAAAAAUUAUUCUACUUACAAGGAAUAUAAUGAACAUCGUGAAAAUUGGCGAAAUAAUUUAUAUUCUAUUAAAAAACAUAAUAGUAUGCAUGAUCAAGGUUUAGAAUUAUAUACAACUGGAUUAAAUCAAUUCUCUGAUUUAAAUUGGAGUGAUAUCAAUGCAUUGUAUUUAACUAAUUUAAGUCAAUAUUCCACAAAUAGAAGUCAUCAACAAGUGGGUGAAGUUCUAUUGAAACAACCUUUCAAUGAAACAACACCAUUGAAAGAAAUACCAAAUUCAUGGGAUUGGAGAAAAUUAGGUAUUGUGAGUAAAGUUAAAUUACAGGGUGAAUGUGGUGCUUGUUGGGCGUUUUCAGCUGCUGGUGCAUUAGAAGGUCAAUUAAGAAAUAAAACUGGUAGUUUUGUUGAAUUAUCAUCACAACAAUUAAUCGACUGUAGUCAUUCAUUUGGUAAUCAUGGAUGUUUAGGUGGUGAAAUGAAAAAUGCAUUUCGAUAUGUUGAAAAAGAUGGAAUACAAACGGAAGAAAGUUAUCCUUAUUUAACAAAAGAAAGUAAAUGUCAACACAGCAAAUCAACAUCAUUGACCUACUCCAAAUCAAUUAUUGAAAUUGAACUCAAUAAUGAAGAACAAUUAAAAACUGUUUUAUAUGAACAUGGACCAGUUUCAGCUGGUAUAAAUGUAGAACCACAAUUUAUACGAUACAAGAAUGGCAUAUACCAAUCCCAGUCUUGUUCAUCCACAGAUGUUAAUCAUGCAGUUCUUAUUGUUGGAUUUGGAGAAGAAAAUGGUAUACAAUACUGGAUAGUUAAAAAUAGUUGGGGGACAUCGUGGGGCGAAGAUGGUUAUGUUAGAAUACGUCGUAAUUACAAUAACAUGUGUGGUAUAGCAACUAUGGCAAGUGUACCUAAACUGUAA